AUGCACUUUAACGCUCACUUUAUAUUUCAAACGUUGUUGAACUUUUUUCUUAAACUAUAUUGUUGUUGGUCCUCAGGGUUUCUGCCUUCAACACCAGGACCAACUACAACACAAGGACCAACCACAACUACAACACCAGAGCCGACCACAACACCAGAGCCGACCACAACUACAACACCAGAGCCAACAACAACUACAACACCAGAGCCAACUACAACUACAACACCAACUACAACUACAACAUCAACGACAACUACAACACCAGAACCAACUACAACAUCAACGACAACUACAACGACGACCACGACCACGACCACAACCACGACCACAACAACCCCAAUACCACCCAACAUAUGCAUCCAGUGUAACGUGAGUGAGCCGUGUGAUGGCUACACCAUCCAGGUGACGCCACCACAAAUGUGUGACCAGCAACAGCCGUACUGUUUCUCUACCAUUGUACAGAACAAGGUUGAAAAGGAUAUCUACAAAGGCUGCGCCGAUGAAAAUUUCUGCCGGCUAAAGUGGUGGGAGCAGACGUCAACCAAACCCAACUGUCUGGUCGAGGAUUACACCGGCCUUGACCUUGACUGCACCUUCUGCUGUACCGGGGUGGGGUGCAACCUGCCCGUCAAGCCGUAUGACGUCACGCUUGUGCACUUCACGUGAGCUCGCGAAAGUUCUAAGGAUAAUGACUCGGGAUAACACCCACACCACCGAUUGACUGAACA